AUGGAGUCUUUCUCUCCUCGGUUGGGGUCAGCUGGGACCCACACACACACACACACAAAUAUAUGCCCGUGGGCAGGUCCCUCCUACCCGCCCUCCCGGGGGCGCAGAGACCCUGUCCCGAUGGAAGUGGGGAAACCCAGUCCCGCAGAGACCGGAGGCCGUGGCGCAGAGAGGAGGAGCAGGCCCUCUGGCUUAGCCCUGGGGUCACGGACCCAGAGAGCGGAGAUCCACGCGGUCAGCCUCACCCCGCGAGCGUGGCGACCGGCGCGUCCAGGCGAGCUCCGCGGGGCCGAGGUGCCCACAGAAGCGGCCCCGGGAGCCCGUGCUCUGCCCGCCGAGGGUACUCAGCAAAGCGGAGCCUCGGGGUCGAAGUCCUAA